UUUGAAACCGGAAAAUCAAAUGCUUGUGAUCUUUACUCCUACAAUUUCUCACUCAGCCUCUAACCUAAAAAGUAUGCCCGUCGUGCCAUCAAUCACGCGCCUGAACUAGCUCGAUAAAGAGUUCUACCGACGCUGCUUCUGCUCGAUCAGCUCGUUCGUCCGCGGCUCUUCCAAUUUUUCUGCUGCUCUUCGAGUUCUGCCGCUGCCGCUACACUUCCGUCGCCGCUGCAUUUCUGUCGCUGCUUCUCUACUCAGCUUGAUGUUAUAAGAUCAAACAAGCAGCACAAAGAAAGCAGCAUUAAAUGGCAAAUGCUAAUCGAGAACUACAGCGCGAUCUUGAAAACAAAGCCAAUGAUCUCAGUAAACUCCAAAAAGAAAUUGCAAAGAAUCACCAAGUUAGGAAAAAGUACACCGUCCAGCUUGGCGAGAAUGAGCUCGUCCUCAAGGAGUUGGAUUUGUUAAAUGAUGGCGCUAAUGUUUACAAGUUGAUUGGUCCGGUACUAGUGCAACAAGAUUUAGCUGAGGCCAAUGCUAAUGUUCGCAAGAGAAUCGAUUAUAUCUCAGCUGAAUUGAAGCGACUUGAUGCAUCUCUUCAAGACUUGGAAGAAAAACAAAAUAGCAAGAGAGACGUGGUUCUCAAGUUACAACAAAGGAUCCAAUCUCUCCAGGCUGGAAAGGCCAAGGCAUGAUUUGGGAUGAUUGUUCACUUCUGUUGUUGUUGGCUUCAUUAGCUGUAGCAUCUCUCCUCAGAGAGUAUUUUAUAGGUACUAUCUUCUUUUUAUGAAGUAAUGGUGUUUUGGUUUUUCAUUUUGAGAUGGAAAAAUUAUAUCAGUGGUGCUUUUUUUAGUCCACGAACUUUCAGCUCUUCUUAAUUAGUAUUUUAACUUUUGAAAUCAUUUCAAAUGAGUGCAAACCAGUCUUGUUAUUAUAAAGAUAUUAGCGUUUUGUCAAUUUAA